AUGUCUUCCCAAAAGAUAACAACCAUCCUCCUCGACUGCGACAACACCCUAGUCCUAUCCGAAGACCUAGCCUUCGAAGGCUGCGCCGACCUAAUCAACGAAAUCGCCACCACCAAAUCCGUCCCCCUCCCCCAGCCCUUCACCGGCCCCUCCCUCAUCACAGAAUUCGUCGGCCAAAACUUCCGCGGCAUGAUGGUCUCCCUCCAGAAGCGCUACAACUUCUCCAUGACCGACGCCGAACUCGACGACUACGUCCGUCGCGAGGAAGACGUCGUCAUCGCCAAGCUAAAGGAGAAACUCGUCCCCUGCGUCGGGGUUGAUGCGGUGUUGGAGAAGCUCGCAAAGGAGGGGAAAUACAAGCUUGCUGUUGUUAGCUCGAGUGCCUUGAGGAGAGUAAAGGCGAGUGUGGAAAAGGUUGGGCAGGAUAAGUACUUUGGGAAGGAUGUUUAUAGUGCGGCGACGAGCCUGCCGGUGCCGACGAGCAAGCCUGAUCCGGCGAUUUAUCUGCAUGCGAUCAAGGUCAUGGGGAAGAGGGCGGAGGAGUGUAUUGCUGUUGAGGACAGCAAGUCGGGGACGUUGAGCGGGACGAGGGCGGGAAUUAAGGUGGUGGGGUAUGUUGGGCCUUAUCCGGAGGAGGAGAAGGAGCACAUGACACAGGUGUUGACUGAGGCGGGGGCGGUGGUGGUGAUGAGGGAUUGGAGUGAGUUUGAGGGGGUGUUGGAGAGGAUUCAGAAGGGCGAGCUUUAG